AUGCAUAAGACAUCAAGAAAGAAUCAAUUUAUACAAAUCGGCAUAACAGUAACAGCAGUAAUUAUAGUCAUAUGGAUAUACCACAUAAUCAGAAACAACGAUAAGCCAGCAAAAGGUGGACAGUCAAACAAACCAAAACUACUAGAACUACCAGCACCACCAGAACCACCAGAACCAAUUGAAAAGAAGCCCAUCAUAGAAGAAGCAUAA